UACCAUCACUUACCAGCUGUGGCCAGUAACUGGCCAUGUGAGCAAGUAACCACAAAGUGAACAGGGGUGUGAAUUUAACAAGAAUCAGAUAGUCCAUGGUAGCUGUCUGUCCAUGUGCUGCUGCCCUGAGCAAAGUGAGGGAAUUUACCCCAAUUCCAGUGAGUAAUGAGGUGCCCCACAUUUCCUUACAUUUAUCAAGUUGCUUUUGGGCAGAUGCAGUAGAGUAUUUGAUGUUUUUGAAACCCACACCCUGUCCUACCUCGUGGUAACCUGUUUGUUUGGAUGUACCCUAGAGCAGACAAUGAUCAUGGGAAAAUAAUGUCAUUGUUAAAAAAUAUUAUUGUGGACUGUAGCUUUAUAUUUUCAUUGCCAGUGGAAAAAAAUAUUGUCUUUUCAGAGCAGUUACCAUCAUGGAAUAUUAUGGUUUUAUUAUGCCUGACAUUUGAACCUGGUUGAAUCUGAAUUUAAAUAAAUUUGAAAUUGUGCCCAUCAGAACUUUGGGCAUCCUACGUACAUUAGACAUUUACAGUUGAACUAUGAAACAUUUAUGCUAACAAACUAUUCAUUAUUUCUUACUACCAAGCACAUCAUUACCAUCUGCUCAUUUAAUGACUGUUUAUUUUGUGACAGAAUGAUUUGAAAUGAAGAUGMAGUGUCUCCUGUGCCUGUGUUUACCUUGUGCUGUAAUCCAUUGCUGCCCUGAAGACAUUUGCCGUGAGGUCAACAAUAUAAAACUGCAGGAUGGAACAGAAAAUUUAUUAACAUAUAGCUGUGACAAGCAAGGCCCUAACUACGCAGAUUUUGCAUUUAGAUUUUACAAGCAGGCUGCAUCAAAAGAAGYUGAUCAAAAUGUUUUCUUUUCUCCCAUGAGUAUCUCCACUGCCUUUGCYAUGCUGGCUGUUGGUGCAAAGUCAACCACUCUGUCUCAGGUUUUGGAAGGACUGGGCUUUGACAACCUGACUGAUACUCGUAUACGUGAUGUACAUGAAAGUUUUCACAGAGUUUUAUCAGUACUGAACUGUGCUGAUGUUAACAUCACAUUAAAUAUAGGGAAUGCUCUUUUUACAGAUACUGGGUAUCAACCACAGGAGUCAUUUUUACAAAAUACCAAACAAUUUUAUGAUGCAGAUUUUUUUUCUAGUAAUUUUCAUAAACCAGGAGAAGCUACAAUGCAAAUCAAUAAAUAUGUAGAGGAGAAAAYCAAGGGGAAAAUUCCUGAAUUAGUUGGUCAUCUUGACCCAAGUACCGUACUGGUUCUUGUUAACUAUAUUUAUUUUAAAGCUGCCUGGGAAAAGUCUUUCGAUCCUUCGGAUACGUAUGAGGAUGAUUUUCUUGUGACCCCAAAUGCGUCCGUUAGAGUCAACAUGAUGCAGCGUGAUGGUUCUGCUAAAUGGUACCACGAUCAGGAUCUCUCCUGUGAGAUGCUGGAGCUGCCUUACCAGGGCACUGCACGAGCACUGCUUAUUCUGCCUGAUGAUGGAAAGAUGAAGCAAGUGGAAGAUGCUCUCUCCAAGGAAACUGUUUGUAAAUGGGACAGCCAACUUGUGACCAGGAGAUUAAAUCUGCAGUUACCCAAGUUUUCUAUUAGUGGGUCUUAUGAUGUUAAAACCCUGUUGGAGGAAAUGGGCAUUACUGAAGUGUUCUCAGGCAAUGCUGAUCUGUCUGGAAUUAGCAGCAAUCGCAAUCUCCAGGUUUCACAAGCAAUUCACAAGGCCUUGCUGGAAGUUGAUGAGGCUGGAACUGAAGCUGCAGGAGCCACUGCUGUAAUUGUUACCAAAGUUUUCCAUCCUACUGUUGUCAUCAAAUUCAACAGGCCCUUCCUUGUUUUCAUCUCUAACAACCAAACCAUGCUUUUCAUGGGGAAAGUUGUUGAUCCUACUAAGGAGUAAUUGCUGGGUUAUUUGGCAUAUUCAUAUUGGGCAUGAUUUAUAAAGGUACCUCCUUUGCACUUGUGGGCUAGUUAGUGCUACUAACUAGUACCYGAUUGAGGGAUAUUCAGAAGUAAAUGGGAAAUUUUCUAAUCCAAAUAAUAAGCAAAAAGUUAUGAAAAAUUGCCAUCAACUGACACUUUUAAAAUGUGACAUUUUCUCCAGCUGAAUAAAUGUAUUGGCUUUACAUGGUGAGGUUUUGGUAGUGGGGGCCUG